GCUUUAGUUUUAACACAGUGCUACUUUUUGGUGCACAAGUUACGAGAAGCUCAACAGAAAGACUUCAGCAAUGGCAGAGCAGAGGUUUAACAACACACCCGUCAAUCUAAAACCUAAAAAGCGAUGCCAGUCAAAAGUUAAAACAAAGGAAAACAACGUGUUUGAAGAAAUGAACAUGAAAAAUAAAGGAACUAAACGAACUUCUGACACAAACGAUAAGCAGUGUGCAUGUAUAAAAUCUUGUACAUCAGUAACCGCUUGCUGGGGUGUUCUGUUACUGAUCAUGGCCCUUCGCAUCUAUUUUACCACAUUGUUAAUUCAUAAGAACGAAGACUUAAUGAGGAGUCAACUCAACUGGACAAACACCUCAACUGCCUUUGAAACACAGAUCAGAGACCUGAGUGCAGAAAUCCAGAACCUAACAGAACAAAUAAAACUCAUGAAGAUGGAGCUCAGUCUUGGUCCAGAAAAGUCAUGCAAACAUUGUGAGGAGGGCUGGCUCCACUUUGAGUGCAACUGCUAUGCAAUUAAUGAUGCUGAACCUCAUGAGCAGAAAACCUGGGAAGAAGCUCGAGAAAACUGCAAGGGAAAGAUUUCCGAUUUGGCUGUUGUAAUUAAUGCAGCAGAAAAGAAAUAUAUCAGUGAGAAAAGCUGGGGGAGUUCAGGAGAAGAAGGAUACUGGAUUGGUCUCAGAGUUGAAGGUGGGAAAUGGAAAUGGGUAGAUGGAAGUUAUCUGACUAAUAACUCCUGGAUUCAGCAGCCUCCUUCUGAUGGUCUCUGUGUAAUUUCUGUCCAAAACGAAGGAUUUAAAUCAGUGAGCUGUGACAAGAAGAAACAAUGGAUUUGUAAAAAGAGACUCUAACUAUUUGAAUUACCACAGUUAGACUUCAGAAGACUUUUGUAAUCUGUAAAUAUAAUUUACAGAUUACAAAGGUCGACUGGAAGGUGGAAGGUCGACUCCCUUCGUUAUUCCCUUCUGGGCGGGCCUCUUACCAUCGAUUCACUAGAGGUCCACUAUCUAUGAGCAAAUGGCUCAAGGCUGUUUUGAUAACAUGACAAGAGCAUACUAAGAGGGCCUUGUGACUGAUCAGCAGAUAUCAAGAGCUGACAAGGGCAGGAAAUAUGUCUUUUAAACCAAUGUUUUAAAUUGACUGACAUACAUGCAUUGCAGUGAUACAUGCAUGGGUUUACUACUGACUGCAGUAAUCAUGAUAACUCAUAUUUCAGUCUGCAAACAGGUUCAUCUUUAGAAAAAUGCUUUUUGCCAUUGUGGUAUAUAAAAGAUUUACAAUUGUUUUAAAAUGUCAGUUGUUUCAGAGGCUGGAUCAGAGGCCAAUUUUCCCCACAGAGAUCAUAACAACUGCUCUGCAACCAGACUUCGUCCUUUGGUCUAACUCCCAAAAACUUGCGUACGUCAUUGAGCUGACGGUACCAUGGGAGGGAGCAAUUCAGGAAGCAUUUGAGCGUAAGAAGCUGCGGUAUGGAACUUGGCAGCUGAGGCAGAGGACAGAGGCUGGAAGAUCAAGGUGCGCCUGGUGGAAGUGGGGUACAGGGGCUUUGUUGCCAGUACAACAGCAAAACUGCUUAGAGAGAUUGGGUUCAGAGGACAGGCACAAUGGCAGCCUAUAAGAGAAUUAGCUAACACUGCUGAGAGAACCAGUCACUGGCUAUGGCUAAAAUGGGCUGACAUCACUUGGGCAGCUAAGGUAGUCAGCUAACCGCGAAGGAAAAAAAAGAGGGAAGCCAGAUCGGGCGCCUCCCUUCCGGCUCUCCUCUCUGCUCUCUCCUAUGUUGUCCCUUUUGUCUUUCUUCUCUCUAUCACCUUUUCUAUCCCUUUGAAGAAAUGAGGCUCUAUCAGGGUUAUAUUUUAUGACUGUCAUUUGUACUUAGAAACAUAAUCAUUUAUGCUUAGAGGUAUAUAAUCGUUUGCAUAUUGAUAGAAUGUCUCAUCCUUAGUAGGUCUUUAAGAUUCUGUGUACCAUGAGAUGGGAGUACGUUCACUCCUUUUCCAGAGUUUUCUGGCAUACCACACACAUCCUAAGGUCAUGAGAGAGGUCGUAUCUUCUCUUUCUUUUAUAUGGUAUGGCAAACACAUCUACACAUACACACGCAUACCUACACGUACACAAAGACUGGUAGUAUUUGUUCACACACAUGCCUGUUUAAGAUGUCAUAUGUUAAUGAAACUAUUCAUAUUCAUGUAACCACAAUAAAGAGCAGUGCUACGGAGGGGCUGACCGAGAGUGACGGGGUUCAAGCGGGAACAGCGCUCGGUCCCGAUUACCUCCCUCGUGCACGAGAUCACGCAAAGA